CUCCCCCGGCCCGGGGCUCAGGCGCUGGGCGAACAUGGCGGCUGCGGUCGGGCGGGACACCCUACCUGAGCACUGGUCCUAUGGCGUCUGCCGGGACGGCCGCGUCUUCUUCAUCAAUGACCAGCUCCGCUGCACGACCUGGCUGCACCCGCGGACCGGAGAACCGGUCAACUCGGGUCACAUGAUCCGCUCAGACUUGCCGCGCGGCUGGGAGGAAGGCUUCACGGAGGAGGGCGCCAGCUUCUUCAUAGACCACAACCAGCAGUCUACAACAUUCAGGCAUCCUGUGACUGGACAGUUUUCUUCAGAGAACAGUGAAUACGUUCUGCGGGAGGAGCCACACCCACAUAUGUCGAAGCAAGAGAGAAACCAAAGACCGGCCAGCAUGGUCAGUGAGACAUCCACAGCUGGGACCACAUCUACCCUGGAGGCCAAGCCUGGACCCAAGAUCAUCAAGUCCAGCAGUAAAGUGCACAGCUUUGGGAAGAGGGACCAGGCCAUUCGGAGGAACCUUAAUGUUCCAGUGGUGGUGAGGGGCUGGCUACACAAGCAGGACAGCUCUGGGAUGAGGCUGUGGAAAAGACGCUGGUUCGUGCUGGCUGAUUACUGCUUGUUUUAUUAUAAAGACAGCCGAGAGGAAGCCGUUCUCGGGAGCAUCCCUUUGCCCAGCUACGUCAUCUCCCCAGUGGGCCCCGAGGAUCGCAUAAGCCGCAAGUAUUCUUUUAAGGCCGUGCACACGGGCAUGCGGGCGCUAAUCUACAGCACCACCACAGCGGGCUCUCAGGCGGAGCACUCGGGCAUGAGGACCUACUACUUCAGUGCCGACACGCUGGAGGACAUGAACGCCUGGGUCAGGGCCAUGAACCAGGCUGCACAGGUGCUGUCUCGAUCAUCACUGAAGAGGGACAGGGACAAGGUGGAGCGGCAGGCCAUGCCACAGGCCAACCACACUGACACCUGUCCAGAAUGUGGCCACAUGGGACCUGGACACUCAAGAGAUUGUCCUCAUCGAGGCUAUGAAGACUCCUUUGGCUUCGACAGGAGGGAGCAGGAGGAGGAACGCUUUCGUUCUCAAAGGGACCCACUGGAGGGCAGGAGGGACAGGAGCAAGGCCAGGUCCCCAUACUUGCAAGCUGAAGAGGAUGCCUUGUUUGUGGAUCUACCUGGUGGGCCCCGAGGCCAGCAAGCACAGCCACAGCGAGCUGAGAAGAACGGGGUGCCACCUUAUGGCCCAGGAGAACAGAAUGGGACCAGUGGGUACCAGCGGACUGCUCCUCCCAGGGCCAACCCAGAGAAACUCAGCCAGAGGAAGACCAGCCUGGCCCAGGCAGAGCACUGGGCAAAGGCUCAGAAGGCAGAUGGCAGGAGCUUGCCCUUAGACCACACACUUCCUCGCCAGGGACCCAGCCAGCCCCUGUCCUUCCCAGAAAACUACCAGACUCUUCCCAAGAGUGCUAGACAUCCUUCUGGGAGCUCUUCACCCCCUCCCCGGAACCUGCCCAGCGACUACAAGUAUGCACAGGACCGAGCCAGCCACCUGAAGAUGUCCAGUGAGGAGCGCCGGGCACACAGAGACGGCACUGUGUGGCAGCUGUAUGAGUGGCAGCAGAGGCAGCAAUUCCGUCAUGGCAGCCCCACUGCACCCAUAGGAGCUGGCUCCCCAGAGUUCACCGAGCAGGGCCGCAGCCGGAGCCUGCUAGAGGUGCCCCGCUCCAUCUCUGUGCCUCCAUCUCCUUCUGACAUCCCUCCUCCGGGGCCUCCAAGGCCCUUUCCACCCCGGCGGCCACAUACACCAGCAGAAAGGGUCACAGUGAAGCCACUCGACCAGAGGAGGAGUGUGGACAUCUCUCUGGGGGGUUCUCCCAGGAAGGCACGGGGUCAUGAGGUCAAGAACUCCUCUCACGUGGACCGGCAUUCCAUGCCCUCCAUGGGCUACAUGACGCACACAGUGAGCGCUCCCAGCUUACAUGGAAAAUCGGCUGAUGACACCUACCUCCAACUGAAGAAGGACCUGGAGUACCUGGAUCUCAAGAUGACAGGCCGAGACCUUCUUAAGGAUCGAAGUCUGAAGCCCAUGAAGAUCGCCGAAAGUGACAUUGAUGUCAAGCUGAGCAUCUUCUGUGAACAAGACAGGAUACUCCAGGACUUGGAAGACAAGAUCCGAGCUCUCAAGGAGAAUAAAGACCAGCUAGAAUCUGUGCUGGAGGUGCUGCACAGACAGACAGAGCAGUACCGAGACCAGCCACAGCACCUGGAGAAGAUCACUUGCCAGCAGAGGCUCCUGCAGGAGGACCUCGUCCACAUCCGUGCGGAGCUCUGCAGAGAGUCCACGGAGAUGGAAAACGCAUGGAACGAGUACCUGAAGUUGGAAAAGGAUGUGGAACAGCUAAAGCAGACCCUGCAGGAGCAACACAGGAGAGCCUUUUUCUUCCAGGAGAAGUCACAGAUACAGAAGGAUCUGUGGAGGAUUGAAGAUGUCAUGGCAGGCCUGAGUGUGAAUAAAGAGAACUACAGAGUCCUGGUGGGAUCUGUCAAAAAUCCAGAAAGAAAGACGGUGCCUUUAUUCCCUCACCCAUCUGUGCCUUCACUCUCUCCAACCGAGAGCAAGCCGGCCCUGCAGCCCAGCCCUCCCACCAGCCCCGUGCGGACACCUCUGGAGGUCCGACUCUUUCCUCAGCUGCAGACCUAUGUGCCAUACCGACCUCACCCGCCCCAGCUGAGGAAAGUGAUGUCUCCUCUGCAGUCACCAACCAAGGCAAAGCCUCAGGCGGAAGACGAGGCACCUCCCAGGCCACCACUUCCUGAACUCUACAGCCCAGAGGACCAGCCCCCGGCUGUGCCACCUCUGCCAAGAGAAGCCACCAUCAUUCGGCACACAUCUGUGCGUGGACUGAAACGACAGUCGGACGAGAGGAAGAGGGACCGGGAGCAGGGCCAGUGUGUGAACGGGGACUUGAAGGUGGAGCUCCGGUCCUAUGUGAGUGAGCCAGAGCUGGCCAGCCUCAGUGGGGACGUGCCUCAGCCCUCCUUGGGCCUUGUGGGCUCUGAGAGCAGGUAUCAGACGCUGCCAGGUAGAGGGCUCUCGGGCUCCACGUCCAGGCUCCAGCAGUCGUCCACCAUCGCUCCCUAUGUCACACUCCGGAGAGGUCUGAAUGCCGAAAACAGCAGUGCGACCUUCUCUAGACCCAAGAGUGCCUUGGAGCGCCUGUACUCGGGAGACCACCAGCAGGGCAAGAUGAGUGCAGAGGAGCAGCUGGAGCGGAUGAAGCGACACCAGAAGGCUCUGGUCCGGGAGCGCAAGAGGACCCUGAGCCAAGGAGAGAGGGCGGGUCUGCUCUCAGCCCGAUACCUCAGCCAGCCACUGCCUGCAGACCUUGGCUCAUGGAAGAGAGAACAAGAUUUUGACCUGCAGCUGCUGGAGCGGGCUGCGCAGGGGGACAGAAAAGACAAAGAGGAGGGCUGGCUGAAAGUGCAAGCCACACCUGUCACGGAGUUGGACCUGGAGCCACAAGACUAUGACUUGGAUAUCAACAAAGAGCUGUCUAAACCAGAGAAGGUCUCCAUCCCAGAGCGUUAUGUGGAACUAGACCCUGAGGAACCACCCAGCCUGGAGGAGCUGCAGGCACGGUACCAAAAGGCGGAGAAGAUACGAAACAUCCUUGCCCGGUCAAGCAUGUGCAACCUGCAGCCACCAGGCCAGGACCGCAACAGCCUGGCCGACCUGGACUCGCAGCUGCAGGAGCAAGAGCGGAUAAUCAACAUUUCCUAUGCCCUGGCCUCUGAGGCCUCUCAGCGCAGCAAGCAGGUAGCAGCCCAGGCAGUAACGGACCCAUGAUCCAGUAUGCAGAGGAGAAGCCUGGAGCCGGGGGCCCAGCGAAACCAGCAUCUUCCUGGAAUAUGGUUCUCCCCACCCCAGUGGAAGCCUUUCCAGCUGAGCAGGGGCUCUGGCUGGAGGAGAGAGCAACCCACCCACCAUGGUGGGUGCCGCACAGAGCCAGGGCUCCAUCCUAACACACGCCCAUUUGUUUCAGUCCAGAUUCCUUUUUACAGACGACAGAAGCACUUUUGAUACAUGAUGUAAAAUAUACUGUAUUUUAGAAUCAGAAUAUAUUUUAUAAUGCUCACCUAGAGGACUGAAUAGCUGGUAAGGUGAGCCUGCAGGGUUUUGUAACCACACAUAGGGAUUCAGAUACUAUGGGGGUGGGGUGGCAUAGGGGUAGGGAGAGCGACAAGGCAAGCAGGGGCCAUUUCCACCAUCCAUGAACCCAGACAGUGGCGGGAUUUGAGGCUGUGCUCCCAGUGGAUUCCAGUAUGAAGCUCAUUAUGCUCUCCAGGACAAGAGAGGCAGUUAACUGCAGAGGUCCGCAUCCCUGAGCUGAUGCCCAGCCUGGGAAACUCGACCUGGAUGGCCCCUUGGAGCCUGUCUGUUGUGCCUUGGCCCUUGGUUCUGACUGAGGAGCAACCAUGUGCUCAAAAGCCUUGGCUCUUCAGCUGUCGGUGAAGUGAAGUUCCCUCAGCAAACAAUUCUCAGAAGAAGAAGAAUUAAAAAAGCCACUGUGAAGUGGAAAGUGGAGAUGUGUAAUAGCAAUAAAAUCAGCAUGGGGUGGCAUCUGCUUGCAAAUGCCUAGCGGUGAGCCCCACCCAGGCAAUACAAAGGACCUAUGCUUCCUGCUGUGGGGAAACCCAGAACAGCUUCCCUUGACUAGGUCUGGUGAGGUGGGCAGGCAGGGCCAGGACACAGGAUUGUGACCUGACUCCAGCCCAGCUGAUGAGGAGGCAGCCAUGCCAGACUCUGGUUUGGCCCUUUAUUUGACUUGUCUCAAGAUAGUCUACAUGCAGAAAGCAAUGAAAACCAUAAACACCUUUAAACAAAAAUUUGUCUUUGACUAUGCUUAAAAGAAGAAACAGAAUCCUUGAAUAUAUUUAGAAGUUACUGUCUAUUUUUAACUAACUCCAUGUGCUGCCAGUAUCAACUUCAUGACAUUUGCCAAAAUAAGAUUUUAUUUUUUGCCUUUAUAAGAUUUUGUUGGAACAAAUGAAAUGAAUAUUUUGCAAGAAAAAGUUAAUUUAAAUAAAAGUGUAAUGGUUUGCAAAAAAAAAAAGUGAUGUAUAGAUUAAAAUAUUAACCUCAUCUGUGUC